AUGCUACAAGGAGGAAUACCCAACAAUCUGUCCAACUGCUCGGAGCUCAGAUCCAUCCUUUUAGAUCAAAACGAACUCGUGGGGAGAAUUCCGGUUGAGCUUAUCUCACUGUCAAAGCUCGUGUCAUUGAAUCUUGGCCGUAACAAUCUCAUGGGCAACAUCCCACCACCACUCGGGAACCUCUCAUCUCUUGUUUCUCUCUAUCUACAUUAUGACAGUUUCGAAGGAAGCAUCCCUGAUGAGCUAGGACAGCUAGCGAAAUUACAAAAUCUUGAGACAUAUUCAAAUAAACUGUCUGCCAAUCUAGGUCUCACCCUUCCUAAUCUCAAAUAUCUUUACCUUUCAGAAAAUGCAUUUACUGGACUGAUACCAGUUUCAUUACCCAAUGCUUCAAGACUUGCUGUUAUUAGUUUUGCUAAUAAUAAUUUUAGCGGACCCAUGCCUGGAAAUUUCGGAAGAUUGCAGGAUAUCAAUAUCCUAUUUGGAGUUGGAGGAGGAGAUAAUGACUUGAGUUUCCUCACUUCUUUGACCAAUUGCAGUCAUUUGGAAGGAUUGUAUUUGUACAGCAACAGACUUUCAGGACAAAUCCCAUCCUCCAUUGGCAACAUCACUCGGUUGGUUAAACUCUAUUUAGAUGGAAAUUGUUUGCAAGGAAGCAUCCCCUUGAGUCUGGGAAACUGUCGUCAUCUUGAAACAUUGGUUCUUAGUAGAAACAAGCUGAAUGGUACCAUACCCAAAGAAAUUUUAAGUUUUCAUUCCCUGGUCACACUUAAUAUAGACCAGAAUUCUUUGGUUGGAUCUCUACCACCGGAUGUUGGUAAGUUGGAACUACUUCAAUAUUUGUUUGCUUCUCACAACAAAUUGAUGGGUGAAAUUCCUAGGGAGAUAAACAAUUGUCUGAGCCUUGAAGUCCUUAAUUUGAGCAAUAACUUGUUUCAAGGAGCCAUUCCUCUGAGCUUGAGCAAUUUCAAGGGUAUUAAACUGCUAGAUCUUUCUCAUAAUAACUUGUCUGGGCAUAUUCCAGAAGCUCUACAGAAAUUUCCAUUUCUGGAGUACUUGGACUUGUCAUCCAAUGAUCUUGAAGGCCAAAUCGUUUUUAAAAAUUCGAGCAAAUUUUCGAUCCUUGGAAACAAGAAGCUUUGUGGAGGUAUCCCACAAUUCUGGCUGCCAGUGUGCCCAAAGAAUGCUCCUAAGAAAGAUGGAAUGUCGAUUUCUCUAAAAGUAAUAAUCUCCAUUGUCGGUGCAGUUUUAGGUUUGAUUCUUUUAUCAUUUCUCUUUGCUACUGUUUUCUGGGUGAGAAGAAAGGCCAGCACGAGGCUUUUGCCUGCCUUUUUCUUGGAGGGCCAAUUUUUAAAUGUUUCUUAUGCAGAUCUCUUUAAAGCGACUGGUGGGUUCUCUUUGGAUAAUUUGAUUGGUGUGGGAAGUUAUGGUUCUGUAUACAAAGGACUUCUAGAUCACGAUCAAACAUGUGUUGCAGUGAAAGUUUUCAAUCUUCAAGAACAUGGUGCUUCUAGGAGUUUCAUGGUCGAAUGUGAAGCCUUGAGAAAUAUCCGGCAUCGGAAUCUAGUUAAAAUCAUAUCUGCUUGCUCAAGCAUUGAUUUUAAAGGCAAUGAUUUCAAAGCUCUAGAAUUUGAGUACAUGCCUAAUGGGAGUCUAGAGAAGUGGUUGCAUCCAAGUGUACAUUGGAACCAAGAGUUGUGGAGCUGGAACCUUAUUCAAAGGCUGGAUAUAGCCAUUGAUGUCGCAUCUGCAUUGGAGUAUCUUCAUCACCAUUGCCAGAUAUCGGUCAUUCAUCGUGAUCUAAAACCAAGCAAUGUUCUAUUGGAUGAUGACAUGUGUGCCCAUGUAGGCGAUUUUGGAUUAGCAAGGUUCCUUUCUAAUGCUGCCACUAAUACCUCUCAAGAUCAAACCACUUUUACUACCCAAGCCUAUCCAUUCAAUCCAUGUAUUUAA